AGUGCCCGCUCAGACCCGGAGAUCCGCGGACAGUGGGAAGCUGCUUUCCCCGCACUCCACCCGCUGAGGGUGGCAACUAGGACCUCGGACCUUCCAGGCAGGCUUGGAGCAGAAAGCUCUGGCAGAGGGGUCCUGAAACCCUGUUGAGCAGGGGGUGAGAGGGUCGAGGUUCUACAUAAUUUGAUGUUAUGGAGCACGCUUAUUCUCGAGAGCGAGUGCAGGUACGGUGCGAGCGGGUCAUCAUCAUGCCAGUGUGUGCAUGCCAUCCCACAAGAGACUCGCAGGCACACUUGGGACGCAAUUGAAAGUGAACCCGAGCGGAUGUCCCUGCGAGCGAGUGUUUGUGAGUGCCUGUGCUUUGGAGAGCGGGCGCAUGUUUAGCACAGUAAUGAGUUCGUGUGUUUGAAAGAGUAUGCCUGGAAAUGUGAGCGUUAGUUUCCGCAGGGACUUUAAGCAGCGUCAAGCCUGCCCUGAUCUCUAGUGGAGGAUUCAAGCGCGAGGGACGUGGGUGCAGGGCCAGAAUCGCACGUCACUGUGACAUCUUGGCAAUCAGCAGCAGGAAGCUGGGGCAGCUGGGCAAACGGCUCGGACAGGCUGAACAGCGAGAGGUGAUGGAUGGCGGGGGGUGAGGGCGUGAAGGCAGGUGAUCGAGGCAGGGGGAGGGCUGGGGCUGCUUGGAGGCUGAGGAAGCACCUGUGCCUUGUACCUCCCCGCUGAGGCGCAGCAGGACGUAUGAUCCCUCCUAUCUACAUGCUAGACCACUCAGCGCAAGUCCAGGCAGCCACACAAGGUGGGGGUUCGGAAAGUAUGGAAUGUGACCUUACAGAAGCCCCUAUUUGAGCCAGAAGGCUCUUCUAGAUCCCUAUCUAGCUGGGUGCCAGACACAUGGCUACUGAUCACAACAUUCUUUCAAGAUGGGAAUAGGGUCCCCAUUUCAAAAUGAGAACAUUGAGGUGCUGAGAAGUUACUUGGUCAUGAUCCUACCACUUGGAAUUGGUGCAGCUGGAAUUGAGUUCAGGUCUGACAGAGUUCUUGCUCACUUCCGUCUCUUGCUUCCCAGGAUCCCUGCUCCUCUGUGGGUGAUUCCACCUGCCUGAAUCAGACAUCCUGCCUGGGCCCAGAAUCAACCCCCUGUGCCUUAACCCUCCAACUCUCACAUGGACAGGGAUCUAGGAUCAGUCUAGGGGAGCCAGGAGCCCCUACAGUCCUGGACCCUGCCCUACAAGAUUGCACAGCUGGGGAUGGAGGGGGCUUGUAUUGAAAACCAGUGGAAAUGAACAGGUGAAAUUUACCAUGACGUCAAACUGUGCUCAAAUUCCUGUUCAUUUCAAGGGUGUUUUUCCUUGGUCCCCACCCCUCCCACUUCCAUCAAUGACCUCAAUGCAAAUACAAGUGGGAUGGUCCUCCUGGAUGCUCCAGGUUCUGGACGUAAGCGGUGACACAAUCCACUGGGGCACAGGAUCCUUCCCCUCAUUGGCUGCCCAGAGCUCCUGGACCACCCAACACUCAAAGCAGAGGGAAUAAAAGCAGACGCUGAUGCUGGGAGGCAUCAGAGCCACUUUCCAGCUCAAGUGCCACAGAUACUUCGAGAGUGCCUUUCCCUGACUUCGACGCUGCUGCUGCCACUGUCUCUGUUCCAGGCUACCUGCUAGUACUUGCCCGAAAGGCGUCAUGGGCUUCUGGAAGUUCUCCCCCUUCCUGCCUCUCAGCAUCUUGGUCCUGUACCAGGUGGGCAUCAUCCAGGCAGCACCAUUCAGGUCUGCCUUGGAGAGCCUCCCAGAUCCUGCUGUACUCCCUGAGGAGGAAUCGCGACUCCUACUGGCUGCGCUGGUGAAGGACUAUGUGCGGAUGAAGGUCAGGGCGCUGGAGCAGGAGACAGAGGGCGCCAGCCUGGACAGCCCCAGAGCUAAGCGGUGCAGUAAUCUGAGUACCUGUGUGCUGGGCACAUACACGCAGGACCUCAACAAGUUUCACACGUUCCCUCAGACUGCAAUUGGGGUCGGAGCACCUGGGAAGAAAAGGGUCAUGGCCAGAGGCUUGGAGAGAGACCACGGCCCUCACAUUGGCACGUCCCAGGAUGCCUACUAAGCCCCUCCCUCUCCUUUCUAAUUUCUUUUCUUACUUCUUUCCUAUAAGUUAAUGCAUGUGGUCCUCUCUGCUUGUUCUUCGGGCUGGUAUGAGUGGCUUUCUUUAUGGCAGUUGAUGUCUGGAAGCUCAGAUGGGAGGAGAGAGAGCAGGACCUACAUACCAGAAGAGAAUCACCCAGGAAGAGAUCAGAGAGAGAGAGGGCAGCCCUGUGAGUCCCUGAGAAUUUCAUAGCAGAGCUUCUCACUCCAGCUUCUGAAUGUGCUUAUCAUUGGGGAAUAAAAGUAUAUUUCUAAAAAUAUUGAGCAGUGGUCAUUAUUGCUGUGGCCCAGAUCCCAGGCUUCAUGGUUUCAGGGACCUGUUUUAGAAGUAGCCUUAGCUCCAGGUAGCUGGACUCAGGGCAUGCUGGGUGGUCCCUGUGACCAACCUCAAGUAGCAAGAACAGGAGCCCAGAGGAGCAGGUAAGCACCUCCAUGACUUGAUGCUGCCAACUCUCUUCCUCUUCCAGGUGAGUCUGGGAAAUUUUCAUAUUCCUAGAAGGGUAUUUGGUGAUUUGAGUGGGAUGUAACUUCUAGACAAUCCUUGUGAUGGGGUUGGGGGUGGAGCCAUAAUUCUCUCCAGUCUCAUAAACUUUGGUUGAUCUUUAGUUUAUUAAUAUAGAAACGAUUAGCUGUUACAGCUCUGUGUCCCGUGGACAGUUACCUAGAGCCACCACUGGGUUUUCCGACACGUCUGGGAAUGUCUAUGGGGAGUGAUCAUGGCAUUUUCCCUAAUGGCAUAUGAUUUUCUGCUAUGAUAACUGUGUUUAGGAGAAACUCUUACGGUUCACUGGUGCCUCUCAGAGCAGUAAUUUAACCAUGAAGGUCCCAUGGGGCAGGAUCCUGCCCCCAGCCUCUCACUGACAGGCCUUUCUUUUUCUCCAUCCUGCAAAUCAGCAUCACUGCCCAGAAGAGAUCCUGCAACACUGCCAGCUGCUUGACCCAUCGGCUGGCAGGCUUGCUGAGCAGUGCUGGGAGUAUGGCGAACAGCAACUUGCUGCCCACUGAGAUGGGCUUCAAAGUCUCUGGCCGUCGCCGCA